ACUUCACCAGUAGGGUAGUUGUAACCUCCGCCCUCUGUCGAUACAACCUAUAACUCUCUUCACACAUAAAAAAACAACCUCAAUCCUCCUUCCACAUUUCUUGAUCCAAUUCCAUUACAACAAUCAAUAAUCAAUGGCGCACCUUCUAAACUCCUCCUUCACCCCCACCACCACCACUCUCCGCCGCACCCACCACCCCCUCACCGCCCCCACCACCCGCAAACCCACCCAAAUUCACGCCAAGAUCCGCGAAAUCUUCAUGCCCGCCUUAAGCUCCACAAUGACCGAAGGCAAGAUCGUUUCUUGGAUCAAAUCAGAAGGCGACAAGCUCUCCAAAGGCGAAUCCGUUGUCGUUGUUGAGUCCGACAAAGCCGACAUGGAUGUCGAGACCUUCUACGACGGCUAUUUAGCCGCCAUCAUGGUUGAAGAAGGCGGCGUAGCCGCCGUCGGCUCGGCUAUCGCCCUUUUAGCCGAGUCCGAAGACGAAAUCGCCCAAGCCGUUUCCAAAGCCAAAAAUCAAUCGGCUUCUGCUCCGGCUCCGGCUCAAGAUUCGGCUUCAGCUCCGGAGCCGGCUCAAGCUUCGGCUCCAGCUCCGGCGCCGGCUCAGACUUCGGCUCCAGCCCCGGCUUUGGCUCCGGCUCGGGUGGCUUCGGCUCACCCGGCAUCCGAAGGGGGGAAGAGGGUGGUGGCAUCACCUUAUGCAAAGAAGCUUGCAAAGGAGUUGAAUGUGGAAUUGGGUUUGGUGGUGGGGAGUGGGCCGAUGGGCCGGGUUGUGGCAAAGGAUGUGGAGGCGGCGGCGGUGGCUGCUGCGCUGGCGGUGGCUGAGCCAGGGAAGACGGUGGCUGAGCCGGUGAAGCCGGAUGGGGUGGAGUUGGGUUCGGUUGUGCCGUUUACGACGAUGCAGGGUGCGGUUAGUAGGAACAUGGUUGAGAGUCUUGCAGUGCCUACUUUUAGAGUAGGGUAUACGAUUACUACUGAUGCACUUGAUGCUUUGUAUAAAAAGAUUAAGCCGAAGGGUGUGACGAUGACUGCGUUGUUAGCGAAGGCCACUGCGCUUGCGUUGGCUAAACACCCGGUUGUUAAUUCAAGUUGUAGAGAUGGGAAGAGUUUUACAUAUAAUAGUAAUAUCAAUGUUGCGGUUGCAGUGGCGAUAGAUGGUGGUUUGAUUACUCCUGUUCUUCAGAAUGCGGAUAAGGUUGAUAUUUACUCGUUGUCGAGAAAGUGGAAGGAGUUAGUGGAUAAGGCCCGGGCAAAACAGUUGCAGCCCCAUGAAUACACCACAGGUACAUUCACUCUUUCCAACCUUGGAAUGUUUGGUGUUGACCGCUUUGAUGCCAUCUUGCCACCCGGAACCGGUGCAAUCAUGGCUGUUGGGGCAUCUGAACCCACAGUCGUGGCCACCAAGGAUGGCCGAAUCGGCAUGAAGACCCAGAUGCAGGUAAAUGUUACAGCUGAUCAUCGUGUAAUAUAUGGGGCGGAUCUUGCUCAGUUCUUGCAGACAUUAGCAAAGAUCAUUGAGGAUCCUAAAGACCUGACAUUCUAGAUAAACUCGGAUCAGUUUUUAUUCCAAGCUUCUUGGGAAACAACAUGAGCCAGAUUUUUCAAGAAUCCCAAACUCUGUUUUGUGAAAUUUGAGACUAAUUAUGUUUUUGUUAAUCAUAUCUUCAAUGAAGCUUAAUUUUUCAUACUUGCUUCUUGUUUAUUAUUAGUAAUUAAUUAAUACGAUGAAUGUGGCAA